AUGACCAAAAGUCCCCGCGACGGAGCGCUUCUUUGGCGGGGCGUCGUUCGUGGUUUCAUUCCUCUUGUUCUUUGUGAUCGGGCUGACAAGCCCGGUUACGAACACCUGAACCGUCAGCUGAAGAGCCAGGACAAGGGUGCAGGACUUGAAGCAGGUCAGCAGUAUUCUGCUGUUGGAUAUAGUGGGGAACUCCUGAACGUGUGGCAGCAGGUCGGCAAGAUUGCCAAGAGCGACUGGGCUGUCUUGGACCAUUUGAGCCCUUGGGAAUCUUGCCUCUUGUUUGUGCUUGCCAGCGCGAGGAAAGUCCACGCUGGAAAGUUCAAAGUCGCGGGUUUCGACCUUCGUUUCGUGUGCAAGAGGUUCUAUGCCAUCAUUUCCUGUCUCGCCCUGCUCAGGAUUGAUUUCGCCGGCUUGGAGCGAUUGUGCACGACGAAGUCGUCACCGCCAGGGACGUGA